AUGGCUGAAAAAGUAGAAUUCGAAUCCGCAGACCUACGAGAUGAGGAGGUGUUCCAUCCAGAGCCACGACCAGGAGCCAGAAUCAGAUUUGGUAGUCGUGAUGAAGAGUCCGGCCGGAACAGAUCUCGAGACCGAAAUGGCCUAACACGGACAACUACCAACGCAUCUAUUCAAUCAACGGCAAGCAGCAGACAGAGACGAUAUUCAGUCGACCCUUCUACUGCCCUGCCAAUUACUUUUCGUACCGUUUCAUACGCGAUCGAAGAGACAAAAGAGAAACAAAGAGUCGAGGCGGUCAAAGUCAAGAAGGAUGCAGCCACAGAGUUUGGUGAUUUGGAAUGGCAUACAUGGUCAAUCAAAGAGGUUGAAAAUUGUCUCGAGACAUCGAUCAACCAAGGUCUGUCAUCAGAGCAAGUUGUGAGGAAACAAAAAGAAUUCGGCAAAAAUGCGCCCUCCAAACCGCCCAGCGACCUUUUCUCACGUCUGAUUGGAUACAUGUUUGGCGGUUUUGGAUCUGUACUUCUGAUCGGUGGGAUAUUGGUUACAAUUACAUACAAGCCACUUGGAGAACCUGCCCCAGCUUUGGCGCUGGCUAUUGUCUUGUAUGCAGUUUUUGUCAUUCAAACUCUCUUCAAUGGCUGGCAGGAUUGGUCAUCUUCAAGGACCAUGGCUUCAAUCUCUGGAAUGCUUCCCGAUAAUUGUUUCACCGCUGCCAACUUGGUACCUGGAGAUAUUCUCUAUAUCAAGUCUGGCAACAAAUUGCCUGCGGAUGUUCGAUUCGUCGAGGUCUCAUCAGAUGCCAAAUUCGACCGAUCGAUCCUGACUGGAGAGUCGCAACCAGUUGCCGGAUCUGUUGACUACACCGACAAGAACUAUCUCGAGACUCAGAAUAUUGGAAUGCAGGGUACCCACUGUAUUUCUGGCAGUGCGAUUGGUAUUACGGUCAACACUGGCGACAAAACUGUCUUCGGCAAAAUUGCCAAAUUGACCAAUACACCAAAGACCUCCAUGACUACGCUCCAGAAGGAGAUUCUAAGAUUCAUUAUCAUCAUCUGUUCCUUGAUGCUUUUCUUCAAUAUCGUGGUCAUCAUUUGCUGGAGUGCCUGGCUUCGACAUGACCACCCGAAUUGGAUCAGUGCUGCUGGACUUAUUGUUGACAUUGUUACUGUGGCGGUUGCCUUCAUUCCUGAGGGUCUACCAAUUGCGCUCACGGCAUCUUUGACGAUCACUGCAAAUAUCAUGAAGAGCAACGAAGUUCUAUGCAAAUCUCUGAAGACUGUUGAAACUUUGGGAGCGGUGUCCGUUAUCUGCUCUGACAAGACUGGCACUUUGACGAAGAACCAAAUGUUUGCCACAGAAUGUUCAAUUGCAGAUAAGAAAAUGACACCGGAGGAGGCAAGAGACCGGAUGAUUAGGUCAGAAAAGGAAGCCAGCAAUAACGCCAUCUCCCAACUUCGAUCAUGUGCCGGUCUCUGCAAUGCUGGAGAAUUCGAUGCAGCCACCAACCAUUUACCACUGCCACUGCGAAAGAUUGCCGGAGACGCAACCGACCAAGCAGUGCUGAGACUGUCGGAAAGCUUCGGUCCAGUCCACGAGCUACAAGUUCUGUGGAAGAAGACUUUCGAAUUAGCAUUCAACAGCAAGAAUAAGUUCAUGAUUCGCACGCUUGCUCUUGCCGAUCCUGCAGGUUUGGAUGUGGCUCUUGCUCCGAGCGAGGCAAACGCAUGGACCGACAACCAUCUUCUCCUGAUGAUUAAGGGUGCACCAGACAUUAUUGUCGAACGCUGCACAACUUACGUUGGUGAAGAUGGCGAGGUCCAUCCUCUUGAUAAUACCAUGAAAACUGUCAUCGAAGAUAUCAAAAAUCAAUGGUCGAGCCAAGGCAAGCGAAUUAUCCUUCUUGCAAGAAAGAUUCUUCCAAGUCAUCAGUCUAUCCACAAUCCCGAGCACAACACAUUCGAGGCGGAGGUUACACAACAAGCUAGCAGCGAUCUCACACUCAUCGGUCUUGUGGGAAUUGUCGAUCCUCCACGAGACGAGAUCCCAGAAGUUGUGCGCAUUCUGCGUCGUGCCGGCAUCCGAAUCUUCAUGGUUACAGGUGAUUUCAAGCUCACGGCCCAGGCCAUUGCUAUCGAAUGCGGUAUCAUUAGCAAUCCUCCCGCUAUGGUCCAUGACAUUUCAAUGCUGUCCAGAAAUGCGGUUGAUCAACCUGCAAUCAGUAGAGACGUGGAUGAUAGUGAUAUCGAGAAGUUCGGCGGAGCAUCCACGUCGAUUACUCUGAGUGGACCUGAACUGAUUACCUUGAACGACAACCAGUGGGAUCAACUUUGCGGAUAUGACGAGAUCGUGUUUGCGAGAACAACUCCAGAGCAGAAAUUGAGGAUUGUGAAAGAAUUCCAAAAGAGAGAAAAUAUCGUUGGUAUGACAGGUGAUGGCGUCAAUGAUGCUCCUUCUCUGAAAGCCGCCGAUAUUGGUAUUGCCCUUGGGAGCGAAUCCGACAUCGCCAUCGAAGCCGCCGAUAUGGUCUUACUCAAUAGCUUUGGAGCUAUUGUCGAGGCUGUCAAGUACGGUCGUGUCGUUUUCGAUAACCUUAAGAAGACGAUUAUCUAUCUUCUCCCAGCUGGAACCUUCUCCGAUUUUUGGCCAAUCUUUACGAAUGUCAUCUUCGGCCUUCCUCAGAUUCUCAGUUCAUUCUUGAUGAUCAUGAUCUGUUGUUUGACAGAUUGUGCUGCUGCGACUGUUCUCGCUUAUGAAAAGCCUGAAGCGGAUAAGCUUUUGUUCCAUGCCUAUUUCUUCCUCGGGAUUCAGGAGUCGCUCUGUUCCUUUGCGAUGGCUUAUUGGUAUGCUCAACGCAAGGGUGUCCAUUUCUCAGCUCUCUGGCUCGGUUACGGUGUAUAUCCUCCAAGCUAUGACCCAGGACAUGUGGCCAAAGUUCUUUCAGAGGCUUCGUCAAUAUAUUUCGUGAACCUUGUAAUUAUGCAAUGGUUUAACCUUCUGGCCACACGAACAAGAAGGCUCUCAAUCUUCCAACAACCACCAGCAUUCAACAAAGCGACGCAGAAUCUCUGGAUCUUCCCGGCGAUCCUCUUCGCCCUGGUCGUUAUCUUCAUCUUCUUGUAUAUCCCAGGUCUCAACACGGCGAUCAAUUCAAGCCCGAUUCCAGUGGAGUAUUUCUUUUUCCCAAUCGCGUUUGGGUUGUGGUUGUUGCUGGCGGAUGAGACGAGGAAGUGGUGGAUCAGAAAGUAUCCGAAGGGAUUGUUGGCUAAGAUUGCUUGGUGA